GGCAUUAACAUUCCAGUUUGAGGUCCAUGUGUGUGCCAUGUGAGCUGGUACAUGUGUAUGUUGUGUGUCUGUGAGUGUGAGGAGCCUAAGUGAUUGAUUAUCCCAGAGUGAGUGCAGUUAAGAUGAAAGUGGCUAAGGACUGCAAGGAUGAGCUGGUGUGGUCUGUCUCUGUCUGUGUGUGUGUGUAAGUGUGUGUGUGUUUAGUGCCAUGUGCAGCCAGGCCGGGGAAGUAUGCAGGUCAGGGCAGGGGGAAUGUCAGGAAUGCCAGUGUAACUCAAACUCGCUUCUACAACUGGAGGCAGCUACUACCUGGGCAUAUAUUUGUACCAAAGGUGGGCAGAAGUCUUAAUCUAUGUGACUGCCAACAAACUUAACCAUAUAAGGAGUCAUACUUGCUAGCCUAACACUAGCAUCAUUAAUGGUCACCAUGUAGAGAUAUAUGUAGUUGUGUUACUCAGCACAAAAAGUACCGAAGCACCUGUACAGAAAACAAAACUUUCCUAAACACCCAGCUGUUCUCAUAUAAGCAACACCCCCUGAAUCCUGUUCCCAGGCUUUGGUAAGCCUUUCAUUUGAUAUCACAACAUAUCUAUGACCCCCCUCACCCUCCUCCUCACCCUCCCUGUCUGGCCGGCUUUUUCACAACAGCCUGUUUUCACUCAGCAGCCCCGACAAAGACUGGUGAAAUAAUUACAGCUGGGCCUAAACUCAGCAAGUGUUUGUCUCCUGUAAUCUCCACCAAACCAACCAGCAGGGACCGUGUCAUAGGAAGAGGAGGAAGAAGUCGAUUGUUCUGAAAACGAGAGGCCGAUGACAUCAUUUCAAAGAGCGCUCAACACUCACCGUAAAUGAGCAACAAAGUAAACUGGCUGUAAUGUAAGCAGCCGGCCCAACGUCAACAAAAAAUUAUCACCUGUCUCCCUCCAUUCACCUCUCGCUUUCUUUCUGUCCUCAAAGCAAAAAUUCAUUUUGUAUAUCUAUAUUUGCUGAACAGUCAUGCUAUGUUUUAUUUUGUCUGUAUAUGCCAGUUUUGAGCUGAAACAUUUGGCCCGUUUGAGCCAGGAUGUCUUUUGUGACGGGAGGGGACAACAGGAAGACUGCUUGGGGUUGUGAGGAAGUGAGUAAGUCAGGGGGAGGGAGGGAAGGAGUUAGGGAAUGGGAGCGAAGGAGAACAACAAAUAGUUAGUCAACGCAAAAGUAUGAGGAAAACAAAGAAACAGGCAAAUGAAAACAUUGAGAAUAGAGGGGGAAAAAAGGAUUAUAUUUUUAUGAUAUGAAUACAAGGGCUGAUUAGGUUUACAUAUGAAGCAGUGUAGUAAAGAUGCUCCAUCAGCGGAGAGGUCAUUUGAAGAUGAGGCUGCUGUAAAUCGCAGUGACAGCUGUGGGUGACUUAUGCGGGAAGUGUAGCAUGUAAAUCACUGUGUUGCUAAUACUACUACUACACCCUCAAGUGCUUAAAGCCGCUUCAGGGAAAGGGCCGCACAGAGUAGAGCGGCUUCUCAGGAGAAGCAAGGGAAACACGGACACAUAGAGAUAUUUACAUACGCUCAGACAGACUUCCUGGCAUUGUCAGCCUGAGAGCGUUGAUGUCAGAUCCACUCCUUCCUGUGCAGAAGGGAGAACGCCAUGCGAUGACAAUGGGCCCAAACAGGACAAAGAGGAAAUGUUUAAAUUUAGGCCCCUUCUUCCACCAUCUCCUCUUUCACGGCUAUGGGGUACUGGAGCUGUUUAGUUUUUGUGAAUUCCUCCAGAUUUCCCCCUGAGCUCCCUCUCCCCAUUGUGUCAUUUCAAUGGAAAGAUUUUCACAUUCAACACAAAUCCCAGAGGAGGAUCAGCUAGUGAGACCAGAGUUCAGUCAAUCACUUAUUUUCACUGAUGCUCUCUUAGAAAUUAUAAGAGCCUCUUUAAAUACACGUAAAUUAGAUAUGGGGGAAAAAACAAGUUUGAAAAAGACAACAACAAAGAAUUUGGAGAAUGAUAACUGGAUUACAACGACAGCGAAAAGUCAUGUUCUACAGGAUAGACUUCCCUUAGGAGUGAAAAAUAAUCCUGACUAAACUUGAUCUAUAUCAUAACAACCACACUUAAAAAACAUGACAACAAAUUCAACAGUUCCUGAGUGUGUGUCUGAGUGUGUGUUUUCCCCGUGUAUGUGUGUGUGUGUUUGUGUGUGUGUCGGUGUGUAUGCAGAGGGUGUGUUAGUGUGUGAGCUGCUCUGUCUGCGUGAGAGCUUUAUCACAAAUCAGAGUGUCGGCGUCUGCAGGAGCUAACAGGGCAAGAGUUCACCGGUCUGUCGCUAACUCGGGGUGUUUCUCUCACUUUGACGAGAGCUAACGAAGUUUAGAGGCAAAAAAUUUAAAUAAAAAAUCCGAACACAUGAGGUCUUCAAAGGAGUCCCUGUCCGCGACGACGUUGCCUCAGCCUCGCUCGUGGAUAAAAGUUAAGCCUGUGGAGUACACUGGAUAAGUUCAGGCGGUGUGAACUGCGGAGUUGUGUUGACUUUAAGGACUGCGACAGCGAUGCCCCUUUAGACGGGGAAAGUUUGUGUGAGGUAAGUUUAGUCACCUUUGACGGCUAAAUAACACCAUAUAUUAUUAUUAAGGGCAACACUUCACAUGGAAGUUAGUGGAGUUGUUGAAAAGUGUCCUGAACGAAAGGUUAAUUUAGUUUAAAGCGGAAGUAUUAACACCAUCCAGGCUAAUAAACCCUGCAGUAAUAUGACAAAUUUCACUUUAAUGCCAAACAAAUGACAUGACACUAGCUAUGUUUAACAGACUGACAAAACUGCUGAACACACACUUAAUCCCUGUUUGGUUUCAGUUUCAGAUAAAAGACGACUUUUUGAAAAGCUGUCAAUGUAUUUUUUUAAGAAUAAAACGAGUUUAUUUUCACGGUAGCUUUUUUCCAUCUCUACUUUAUAACAAAGAAAAAAGAAAAAAACUUUAAAAUGCUAUUUCAGAUGCUAAAAGAGGAGCUUGCAUGUCUAUUAAUUUCUUAUGGCGUUCCUGAUUUUCUAAAUGCCAGAGUGACUCCAUUACAUUUCCUCCUCAAAAAGCUGCCCAUAAAAGAGCUUAUAAAUAGCUUUAAUCGUGACAUUUUGCAAAGAGGCUAGCUCAAAGGCGAUACAUCUUCAGUGAUGACAACAAAGACGUGUGCUAGUAGCCCCAAUUACAGGCAGGGUGUCCAUACAUUAAAGGAGGAUCAAAUGGAGGUAAUUAACAUGUGUCGUACUUGUCGAGCAUCCUCUUCCUCAGAAGGAGCUUAUCUGAGCUGUGAUGAUGAUGAUGAUGAUGAUGAUGUCACAGGCCUGAAAUAAACCAGACAUCUCCUUAGUGAGUGUUUCCAUGACAACACAGCCUCCUGGUUUAAACGGUGGAUGGGGGACUGUGUCUCAAAUAAUUACUUUGGAUAAUGUUGACCAAGUAUGAGGUGGGGGGUGUGAGGUGACUGUUGACUCAUGCUACCAAAGCCCUUUAUUGUUCACACUGAACUAAGAUCUCUAAUGCCUUCACUUUUUAGUGUGUUCACGAUUAAAAAUAAUGAUUAGGGGAGAGUGGGGUAAGAUGAGCCAUUUUUCAUAUUUCAGAUCACUACAUCAAGGCAAUCAUAGUUUUGUUUCUAACGAGUGUAUCUGCAUAUAUUUCAAGAUGUUGUGCAUCUCUGCAAACCAACAGAAUGAGUGUAAACAUAAUUGUCUUGAUAAUAUAGCAUGCCAAAAAAAGUGGUCUCCUAUGGUCAAGAGAGGGGGUUAAGCCAUACCCCCCCCCCCCCACACACACACACACACACACACACUCUCCACCCCAGCCCUCACCUUCUCUCUUCCUAAAUUACAGUCACUUCAUGUUUAUUUUUAUGUAUUAUAGGUUAUUCAACUGGUACAAUAAUUCUUUUUAUUAUUAUUGCAUAUAACUGCUAAAAAACUGUAUAAAAAAACAUUUUAACAUGAGAAUGUCUUUAAGUGAUUCAGAACAUUCUCAGCUGUAUUUUUUAAAAGAAAAAGUAACACAUUUCAACAAUCUGAACUGAAACUCUGAUCCUCUCAUCAGACUCCUUUAUGGCUCAACUUACCCCUGAACUACUAUUAUGACUUUAUUAGUCCUCUAAGCUAAAAUGGUGGACUUUUAUGCUAGGUUUUUGACAUCAUGUUGUAGCUCAUAGGUACCAAUUGAUGUAUAAAACAAAUGUAAAAUGAUCUUUUUUGGUCUGAACACAAUUCUAAUAAAACUUAUGGCAGACUAAAUUCCCUUUCAAGAGUGAAAAAUGUUUUUUUUUUGGAAAAUAAAUGUCUAACCCUUCACCCAUGUGCUUCUAACCUUCACAGACUCCAUGAAUUGAUGCCCAUCUCCUAAAUAUUUGGUCACAUGAUCAAUUUCUUUUACCAUUUCCAAGCAACAGGGGGUGGCUGAACUUACCCUUUGGCUCAACUUACCCCUACAUUGAAAAUAUCCAACCUUCUUUUUGGAACAUUUAUUUUGACAUGGUUUGGCUUUUAAGGCCUACAUUUAUAGGCAUUCUCAGUGGGUCAGAAACAAACAACCAAACAUGUCAUGAGAUGAUAAAGGCAGUCAGUUUAAUGCCAGUCGCCUAAAAUGUGGUUUUGUUCCUCCAGGUAUUUUGAGAGAGGAGAGUGAGGGGAGAGAGACAUGAUGUCCAUUGGGGCUGAUAGCUGACACUGUAGAAUGAGAGAGGAUGGAGCAGACAGACAACCCUGCCCCUGAGAGCAACAACCCUAAUGGGUUUGUCAACCGAGUGUUUAAUGUUUCUCUGGAUGUGGAGAAUGAGACCAGCAGUGUUUAUAUUCAGGAGACUGGGCCAGGGCCUGCAGAAGGGCAGGGAGAGACCCAAGCUGCCUCUUCUCAGACCCCUGUCAAGGACAGACAGGAGGUCAACAGGAGGCCCCGUGCCACAGGGGGCAUCUGGAAGAUCUUGAACCGAAAAAGAGCUGUCUCAGAGCUGGAGCGCAGACCCCACUCCAUGAUCCUGCCCGGGGAGGCUUCCAUCCCGAAACUCUCAUUUGCUGACAAAGUUCGCUCUUUCAAGAAGCUCAAGUCCCCCUCGGUGUUCAGAGGAAAGACAGGAAAACUGUCAACUUCCAAGUUCAGCAGCUCUUUAGUGGAUGAGGAAUCCUUCUGCCGGGAUAUAGGAACUCCUCAGCAGACCAGCAGGGGCACACUUAAACACAGUGGAAAGAGACACUCGUAUGCAGGCUACACGGCUGAAUUUGACUGUUCAUUCGAAGACCUCGACCUCACUGCUCCUGUAGAUGGCCAACAGCGCACUGUACAGAGCGAGACCGUGACUCAGAACGGUUGUAAACCCCCAGAGCGGCUUAGCUAUAUAAAAAGAAACCACAACUACUCAACAAAUUGUAACAAAACAACCACUGUCUGUGAAGAACCGAAUAACCAAUGCAGUCCAAGCACCAGACAUAGUAGAACUAAGAGGCACAAAGAUGUGUGGAGUUACCUGAGAAGGAUUUCACUUUUAGGGAAGACCAAUCCGGUCUUCUCAGAGAGGAGCUUUGACUCUGAGCUUCCCUCUUUGGAUAAAACCCUAGACUCUGACUAUGGUUCUGUAGACUUUGAGAGUGUCAGAGACUUUCAACCUGUGCCCCCAAAACACUCUGAAACAAAGGGACACUUUGGGGGUUUGUUUAAGUUUUUCAACUCAGUCGCAGAGACAGCCAGGAAAUGGCGGACAACAUCACACUCCUUCUCUCCCCCAGAGGGAGAGAGGACUCAGAUGAGCUCCCCUAGGGCCGUACAGCGCACAGUGGACAACAUUCAUAGUGUGUCCCUGACACUCCACAGUGAAGGACUCCCACAACCCCAGCCUCCUCCGUCAUCACCAGUGACUGCUAAAUCCUCACACUGCAGUAGUUUUGAUAGUGAGGCUCCAGCACCUGUAGCAGGUGGAGGAUCCCCUAAGGUGAUCCUCAAAGCCUUUAGGACAUGCCAAGGAUCUCAAGCUGCCAAUGGCUUUAGGAGUUCUGAGUGCACAGACAAGUAUAUGGACAAAGAGGGAAACCACAUAUCCACAACCAUAGUAGAAAAUCAUAUCUCCCAAUCGGGUCCAAGCACAGAGACUAAAAAAGAAGCCGAGGUCGAAGGGGCGCCAGUUAACUGCGCCUGUGAGGAGGAAAAGGUAGAGAGACAGCCAGGAAAUGAGCAGGAUUCCAGGGAUGCUCCACCUGACUCCCACCAGGGACAGGAAGUGAAUGUCCAAUCACAACAAGGUGAUAAAGAGAGCACAACCAAUAGCGUGCCAGCAUCAGAUUCUACAGAGGAAAUAUUUAAGGUAUGUGACUUAAAAAAAAUAUAAGAAGCUCUGAUCAUAAAAUUUCAAUAAAUGCAUUCCUUAAAGAUAGCAUUGAUUUGUACUUCAGAUAAGGAGUUUUACAUGUUCAGUGUCUCACAUUAAUGCCAUACCUACAUUUCAUUGCAGGCGUCUUACACAUCAUUAACGUUGCUUAAGGCAUGCAUCAUAUAAUUACUGCAUAAAUGCUACAAACAUCAUUUAUGUAACAAUUUUAACCAUGGUCAUGCUUCUUUUCCUAAAAACCAUAAACAAACAACUGGCUGUACAUGGUACCAGAGCUGUUCCUUGUUUCCUCAAUACAUGACUCCUAGGUGUGGUUCGUUAACUGCCGUGGAGUUACAAAAACAUUCAAGACUACACAUAGCCUGUGAGGACAUGAAUUGAGCACCUACUCUAAAGCUGUACUUUUGCCCCAUCUAUUGGAGAGAGAGGGAAACAGUCAGUAAUUACAGUGCUGAAUAACAACACGUUACAGGAGUUUGUCCUUUCCUGCGAGACUGACUGCCUUGUGUCGCAUGCAAGGAAACCCUAGUUCCCAUAAAGCUGGCCGUGUGUGGCCGCAGUAGCCCCUGAGCUCUGUGACGUCUGCACUUUAUGACAGCACCCUUCCCUUCUCACUCCAGUGGAAACAUUAGUCAUCUCCCUUCUAGUCACACCAACGAGUCAGGACAUGUUAGCCCAAACUCCUAAUGACAGAAUGAGAUGUGACAUCUCAAUACUCAGCACACUUUUCAUAGGGGUUUAUUAUGCAAGGGCAUGAGUUGUGGGAAUCUGUGUUGUGGGAAGGGUGUUAAAAGUGCGGUCUUGCAAUAAUUUGAGAGAUGGGAUUAUUCUAGGAAAACCCUUCUCCCUCAUCACCAACUGUUUACAUGUUAAAUCUACUUGUUUAUUGUUUUGCUACUCUUAAGUUUAACUACCAAUAAGGGGCAGUCUUGGCGCUAGUGAGCAACCACUCAGGUACUGCAAUUAAAGCAUGAGCUCUUAGAGGGUAGCAUCUUUUGAAAAGCAUUAUGGGGUGUAUUUGUUGAAUCUGUAGAGACAUUCCUCUCAAGUCCCAACACAAGAAAUGCAUUGUUGCACCAUUAUCUGGGCCAAACCGCUGAGUAUCUGUGCCAAUCACAGCUGUGUGAGCAGAUUGCCAGCCAGACUGGCUGCAGUGUAAGGCAGCAGUGCCCAGCCGGGCCCCACUCUAGCACAGAGAAGACCUCUGUACCUACCAGGCCCCUGCGCCCUCGUCCCCGCCCGGCCUCAGCUGUACUGGACCUCUGGAGGCCCAACCCGGACCGAGAACUCUACAGCCAUUACAGUGAGGUUGGCUCUCUGUGUCGGCGGAGACGAAAGGCGGCUCCCUCAAUGCAACCAUCUCCCGGGUACAGACGGACGGCUGCUCGCUCCAGGCCCUGCUCUGUCAUAGAAACCAGUGUCACUAGGGAGACUCAGUCCACGGAGCUGCACCACAGAGUAAGAUGCCUAAUGACAAAAACACAGGCACCAAACUCACAGAAAUAUCACAUGAAAUAAAUAUACUGCGAGUAAAUAAUAAUGUGUGUAUGAAGGAGGUUUAAAGAUGUUAUUAUGAUGCGAAGAAAUUAAAGUACACUGUGAGAAUCUUGCUGGUGGAACUCACUAACUCAGCGGUAAAUAUAGCCCAAGUCCAUAAUGAAUCAAACACUAACCACAGGCUUUGAAGGGCAGCCCAGUGCUAACCCAGUAUUUAUACAACGUUCACUGUUAGCUGCAACAAUGCAUGCAUGCGCUGCCCCAUUUAUAGAGGCCUGUAUUUCUGGAUUGCUGCUUUUCCCUCAGCUCACCUCUCCCUCUCUUUCUCUCUCUCCCUUUUCUUUCUUUCUUUCUUUGUGGCCUCUCUGUCUCUACCUCACUCCGUGCUUUUUUUUCUGUGGCCAAUUUUCUGCCUCAUCGCUCCCAUAAGCUCCACUUCUCAUUGCCCUAACUCAGAGUCACUUCAUUUUAACCUGAGAGACCGCCCGGUUGGCGUGAUGUAUAGUCUCUCAUGGUUUGCUGCAGGGCAUGCACAUCGGCCACUGCACUAGAAUAGACUUGGUGUAUGUGAAAUAGCUUAAUUUGCAGCAAAAAAGGGGGACAGGACAGUAAAGGAUGGAUCUUUUUAUUAAAGUGAAGAACAGGGGAGUGUGUGAAUUCAACCUUGUAUGUGAGUGUCUGCAUCAAAGUAUCUCUAUAUGGAAUAUAGGAGAUGCCCUAACUAUUCAGUACCCUAUAGGCCUUGUCUCGUCCCCCUGGUGUGUCACCGUUAGAGCCCCCACUCAGGGUAUCUCUACAGCGGUGCCGCUCUUUACCACUGCCCCCCAGCACUCUCACUGCCCUGGCACUACUCCUGCCUCAGUCAGGUACCUUUUUGCAUAUGAUUAUCUUACAUUAAUAUGCAGACUGUUGAUUGGUUUCUGUUUGUUGAAUUGAUCGUCUGUUUGCGUGUCUGUCUCCAUGUGUGCAACCCCAGACAUCGGUCAGUCCUCAUCGUCAGUCCGUCUGCGCUCUGGAGGCUCUGGGAGCUGCAGGAGGCGGAGGCUGUUGAGACCUGGUUCGGAACCACUGCAGGUCAACAUUGUAAGUCCACCUAACACACUCAUCAACACACAAGUUAAAGCAGUGUGAUCCAGUUACUCUUUUAUUUUCUGGUUUCAUUUUAAGGCCUUAAAAAAUAAAAAAGCACAGAUUUUUCCAUUAAAAAAACACUGAGACCACUUUCAAAAAGUCACACACAAAAACACAUCCGUAAUACUAAGUUUGUUCAUCCCUGGCAAUAUGUUAGCAGAUGUAGAGAGGAUUUGGAUGCAUAAUAGAGGGGAAGAAUGACUAAUAAAUAACCUCUUACUGAUAACGGUGAUAUGGAGAUGACAGAGCAGUGGUCACCGUUUCAUCAGAUAAACAUGGUACUGAUCCGUGAAGACGGUGGCCACAUGGAUUAAUCACAUCCCUUACCCGUAGGCCAUUACUCAUUUGAAUCCGGUCCUGGACAUUUCCUUAAACUCAAGAGAGCAGGUGCAGACAAAUGGGCUGAAUUUUGCAGCAGAACGAUGAAUAGCAUUGAAUUCCUUUCCUGUACCUGGUGUGUUGUAAACGGUGAGAAGUGUCUUUUGUCUGUCUGGUGUGUAGAAUUUUCUUCAGCACACUUGAGAGUUAUACUACUCAAGAAGAGAAACCAGGCAUUUCAGAAUCAGCGCUUUGAUGUGCAAGUGUCCUCAGGGGGGAUUCUCAUGCAAGGAGAUGCAGAGUUUCUCUGAAACAUCCUGACAAGGAAGUGAACUGUUCUGAACUGUGUCCAACAUCUUUAUCAGUAAAACUGCAAUGAACGAGGGAUGAACGCUAUUUACUUGAUCAGUGUAAUUUCAAUCUUUACUUUAGAAAAUAGACACACACUCUUCAGUUAAGUUAGGAAUAUAAUACAUUAUGUUGAGACAUUUCUGAUGUGAAAGUUAUGAAUGAGCUAUGUGAGCACAGCUAACAUUUUAUACAGCAAAAUCAAAUUCAGGGUAUUAGCAUGGAGUCAGUGAGAAUUCACCACAACACUUGAGGUACAAUAUGCAGCACAUUUCCACGAGACCCUGUCUGUCUGUCUGUUCAACUGUGGAAUUACAAGCCCCCAGCUUUCAGUCCUGACACAUCUUUGCACUGAUAUUUAGUAAACUGUGUCUUUAAAGGGGUGAUACUACUGCCUUAAGGCUUUGAUUAUAACUUCUUCUUGCUGGUCUAAAUAGUGUUUGUGAGCCACUGCACGUUGUUGCCAUGACACUCGCUGGCUCCUGUUCAUCUUCUUGCUUCUAUCUUUAGGCAGCCUUUUUAAGUGUGAGCUAAAUAGAGAAAGUGUGUGGGUGAGAGAGAGAAAAAGGGGUGGGAGAGUAACAGAGAGGGGAAGAGAGAUGCUCCCUUUGUAUGUGCACUUUUGUGUCAUGGCCCUCCCCAGGGGCUGGAAACAUGGACUCACAGAACUGGGAAUGUCUUGUGUCUGUUUUGAAUGGCUUUUCAUUUGUAGAUCAUUUGCAUCAGACCUAAAUGCUGUGAUUUAUGACAGCGUUUUGAGCAUGAAGGUUGCAUACUCAUAUUUAUUCACCGUUAGCAUAGAAUAUGACAUAACAUGGUAAGCCCGCUGUUUUGCGGUCACGUGGAUGGGGGGAGCGUAUUUUGCUGUUUAUUUCGGGUAAGUCAUGCAUUGUUUAUUUGUUAUGGAUCUAAUGUCAGGAUCGGAUCUGCUGUUUGAAAUACAGCGUGGUGUGUGUUACACUCUUCCUGUUAGGAUGACUGCCGGAGCCUUGAGGCCGCAGGCAGAGAGAAAGCAUUCUCACUGCAGUGGAUUAGCUGCUAAUGCUGACGCCUCUCUUCUCCCUUUCAUUUAAAUGGAUUUCUCCCCCAGUCACUGCCCUCUCCUCUCCUCUUUCCUCUCCUCUCCUCUCUUCUCCUCUCCUCUUCUCUCCUCCUCUUCUUUAAAAAAGUAGCAAUACCAGUUUUUGAUAAGUCCUAUGCAGAUGAGAGGACAGUUCUCUGUGUGUUACUAAUGCUGUGCCCGAAGCUCUGCUGUCAACUUGUCAGAAAAGGGAGACUGUCUUAUUAAGGGCUUCGUGCAGAUUAAGAGUUUCCACAGAAAUCUUAUAUGAUUAAGUUUGGGCUAACCUAGGUCUGUGUGGUCAUAAUCAUAUUAUGCAAUGCUAUCUAUUUAUUAUUAACGCAUGAGUCAGCAGGCAGUGGCCAGUUGGCCUAUUAGAGGGGCAGUGAUAAAAGGGACAAAUUUGGGUUGAACAAGUACUUAUGUUUUGAGCACCCGCUCUCAUAUGUUAAUGUAACCAUAUGCACAUAAAUUCUGUUUUACGUGCCCCCUAGGGAUCAAGUUCUUGAGCACACUGUGAUGAUUUUUUCAGCACAUACACACACUUCACAUGCUCUCCUUAUGGAUUCAGAAUCCAUCUGUCAGGGUGUAUGAGUCAUUGCAUUGACAGCAACAAUGUUUGGUAAAAAAUGAAUAGCCCAGGCUGCAUAUCUCUGUCAAACACACUGUGAAUGUGGCAUUUUUUUUCACAUUGGGUUUAUUUUAAACCCUGUUGAGACAAUCCAUGAGAAUAGGGCUUAAAAUAACUGCAUACAUGUACAGUCUGCACAAGGCAACCUAGAAUCUUUUAUCAGUGUUCAUUCAACAUUGCUUCCCACCCCUAGGCACAGGCACGUAUCCACUGUGUCUUUCUGCAGCUACUAGCUAAUGCUAUUUUUUAAGAAUGCGGUGGCUCUGGUAAAUAGCAGCGCCACUGACUGAAUCUGAGCAGGUGGUUGUGUCAGAGCAUCCCCAGGCUGUGUCUUCCAAAGAAUGGUUUCUGCCUGUCAGGUAUGUGAAUGUCUGCUGUGGUUGUUGUUGUUGUUAUAUGCAUAAGCAUGCAACUCCACGCUUGUGUGGUGUGUGUGUGUGAGGGUAUCUGAGUGUGUGUGUUCGAAGAAGGGACAGAAAGGCUCAGGGCCUUUCUCUUAUAUAACUGUCGAGAGGGUUUCCUGUUCUCCCUGCAAAAAACAUUUCCACUUUUACUUCAGAGGGCUGCAUGUUCCCGGGGACAGUGGGAGCAGUGCUCUGUGUUAAUUCACUUGCUCACUGGUGUAUCCUGUUUUACAGUAUCUCCACAUCAGAUCUAGUAUCUUGUCAGAGCGUGCAUGCCUCUGCAUGUACAGAUUUUUGUUUGCGUUUUUGGAGCACGUUCUAACCUAAGCAGGGCAGGUGAAUUUUUUUGCCGCCAGUGUCUCUCUCACUAUGUUUUGCUGCAGACACAGUGGGUAAGAGAGGGUGUAUCAGUAGAUAAUUUCAGUUAUGUCACAACGUGUUGUGGUUUUUGUUAUGAGACUCGUUGAGGCCUAAGGCACUGUUGUGCUUAUUAUCCUGCAUUAUUUGUAUCAUUUCUGAUAGUUUUCCCAGGCUGCUAAGGUGACUUUAUCCACAGUCAUCAGCUUCUGUUUAUGUCACAGAGUUUGUUUUCAUAGCUAUUGCAAAGCUUCACGUAAGACAUUUUUGGUUAUGACAGAAAAAUGACACCUUGUUUUAAGUAAUACAAACAUUCCUUAUCAUCCAAUAACACCAUCAUAGAGCAGACGCACAGACCAACAUCUGACUUACAACCUACAGUAACUUAAGCAGAAAAAGCUGAACUAUUCUGUUUUAAGCUGUUAAAAUUUUCAUGAAUCUUCUGUUUUCUGCCUCUCUUAGGCAAAAACCUGCAUCACAGGGUUUUCUAAAUAUCUGGUUUGGCUGAUUGCCAUUAUAACUUACAGUGUACUGUGUAUCAGCGGCUGAUGAAAUGUUAUGACUUUACACAUUUUAGAGCAAAAAUAGUGAGUUUUAUGCUGGGUAAAAUAAAAUAAAAAAUACCCUAAGCAUAAUUUGACCUUUGCCUUGCUCACUACAAUUACAUGCAUGGCCAACUCUCAUGCUGUCUGAGCAGAGUUCAACACCAACCCUGACAUUGUGAGCAAAAAAAAGAGGAAUGAAAGCAGUGAAGUAUUUACACUUAUUCAUGCUUAUAACUCAUCAUCUCAGGAUUUUACAUGUUGCUGCUUUACCAACACACAAACUGAUAUCGAGUAGUUCUGGAUAUUGUGCGUUUAAUGUCAGUGUACUCAGAGAUUGACCAACUCCAUGUCCCUUUCUUGAACGUUUACCUCCUGACCUGUCGGUUCUUAAAAUACAACAAUGACUGCAAGUCAGCAAAACUCUGACUUCAGUUAAGUAGAUAGUGCAUUACCCUAAUUAAAUGCAACUUUCAAACCACACAGCUAUGACAGGCAUCGCUCACAUGUGUACUAUUUCUAGACUUGUUUAUGACCUCAGGACAAAUCUCACGGACAUGACAAUGACCACUUAUGUGAGUAACGGUGAACCAUCAAUUUUUUUGAUGACAUUGGUUUUGUUUUUGAGAAUAGAAUAGAAUAGACUGUAAUAGAGUAGAAAACAGUAGUAUACAAGAGAAUAAUAUAGAAUAGAAUAGAAUAGAAUAGAAUAGAAUAGAAUGCUAUAUCAUGAAUAAAAUAGAACACACCAAAAUGAAAACUGAACAUAAUUUAGUAGAAUAGAAAAAUGUGAAAAGAAUAGAAUGUCUGAAAACAGAACAAUAGAAUUAAAAAAUGUAAUCGGAUAAGAAUAUUUAAGAACAACGAAAUAGAAUAAUAUUGAAAGAAUAGAAUUGAUUGUAAUAGUAUGGUAUAAAUAGAAUAGAAUAUAUUUUUUUAAAAAGUGGAAUAAAACAAUCUAAAAAGUGUAGAAUAUUUCCAAACAAUAGAGUAUAAUGGAGUAGAACAGAAAAAAAUCAUCAAAAAUAUCAAUCAAAAAUAGAGUAAUAUGAACAGAUUAGAAUUGAAUAUAUGAGAAUAUUGAAUAGAAAAGAGUAGAAUAGUUUGACAUGAACAGAGUAGAAAUUUUAAAGGAAUAUUGCAUUAUGAUAGCUAUAGAUGGAUAAAGAAUAUUGCACAUGAUGUGAGUAUAUAUAUUUCUUUCAUGAGAAUACUGUACUCAUAAAACUCUGAGUAAUAUAGCAGUUGUUGAUUGUUUUCAUUGUGCACAGUUAUAAGUAAUGGUUAUACAAUGGUUGUAAAUUUUGGUGGAUUGAGUAUUUGCACCCUGAAGAGAAUACCUUCCCUCAGUCUUGGUCUUGUUGUCCCUGUCCUAAAACAAUGAGACAGAAGCUAAGUGCCUGUACAGUGCUCUGAUAGUUAGAAUUUAUCCUGCAGGCCACUGAGAGAGAUUGGUAGUAUUUUUCUGGCAGCUGCCACUUCCUGUAUACAUUAUUUAACUUAACUAUUCUGCCUCUGACCUCUCUGGCUCUCUGCUACACCACAUGUGGCGUCAGAGUCAACCCUCCAUCACAUACACCUAUUAUGCAACCCCCUCGCUUCUUGUAUUUGUUCCUCAUUCCCCCUCUACUUCCACCCCCCUUUGUGUCUGACCUCAAAGCUGGUCAUACCUCCCUCCAUCACUCCUAUCUCUAUUUUCUCCUGUUCUCAGAUGAAGUUUUCUCUCCCCCACUGUUUUUUUCACUCCCACACUUUGUCCCUCCACUCCUCACUUCAUCCCUUUCCUCCCCUAUAGGCAUGCGAAAACACCUGCUUCCUGUGACCUGUCAUAUGCGUUCAUGUCCUUCUGUGCGUCCAUGCCUGUGCACAAUCAAGUACAUAAGAUAGUAAACAUUUUAGUGAAUGUUUUACAAGGCAGCACUAUAUCAGGAAGACUAGGAAGCAUUUGAUGGAAGAAACGGACCUAUCAGUGAGAUCUACACUGCUGAGAAACACAGAAUGCAAAACAACUCUGCACCCAAAUAUCGUUUCACUGCAGAGUUUUGCAUUUCAAUCCGAUGCUCUGCUUUUGAACUCUCGUGGUGUGGAAGCGCUGAGAAUGUAAAAUGAUUUCAGCUCUGAGGACAGGUGGAGCUGUAGAUUUUUCUUACACCAUUCCAGCCCCCUGUUACAGUGAGUUACAUUAGUAUGUAGUGUGCAUGAUGGAGAAUAAGAAGGCUGUAAAGCCAAACCCAGUUUUAUACUACCUUUCAUGAUGUGACCAGCCUCAAUUGUAAAUGGUACAAUCAAGUUUGUCUGCUCCCAAAGGAAAACAGUGAGAAUAUCCCAACACACUGCAUGCAGAUAUAGAAGCCAGAUAACUGGGGAAGGAUGGGAUGGAACUAUUGCUCUUACCUCCCAGUGUUUUAGGCGGCAGGUGGCUGACAGUACUCUGAUGAAUGCUGACACCAGCAAACACGCUAAGUACACUCACAACCGGUGCUGGAGUGGUACAGCAAAGCAGUGGCAGCUUAGGCAGCCAACCAAAUCCCAGCUUCGGUGAUUUGAUUUUAUCCCAAACUCUACAGCUGGCUCUCAAAUGACCAAUCUUUUGGUUUUAUUUGAGUACACACUGGCACCGGUGGUAAACAGACACAAAAAUAAAGAACAGUCUGUGUUUUCAGCUGUGUUCCUUAAUGCUUUCUUUUUGUUGCAGUUUGUGAGAGGCUACAUAUUGUCUUUGGGGAGCUUGUUACAGUAGCAGACGCACUGUUUAUCCUCUGUGGUAAAUUUACAGACAUUUCAAACUCACCACACAUCUAGUAAAGAGAAGGAAAGGGCAGGCCUCUGGGAUUUCAGUUUGCCAAUUUAGCGCAUUUUGUACCCUUUGAUAAGGUGUCCCAAGAUGCGUACGUCUAAAGCAAGCAACAUAUGUGUAAAAUAGAAUCAAGCCCACUCUUCAGAAAAAAAAGCAGCUUGGUAAUGAGAAAACAUUUAUGGAUUACCUAAAAGUAGUGAGUAGAUGAUAAAUAAAAACAGACUUUACAACAUGUAAUCGUGGAUUUUCAGAACAAGAUGACUAUCGUGGUAAAAGUGAUUAGCACAUUAAUCACAUGAGACCCCACAUAUGAUGACAAAUCACAGAUUUAACUCGCAAAAGGAGUGCAGCAACAUGACCAAUAAAACACACCACACACCAACAUUCUCACCUACAACCUGGAAAAAUUGAAGUUCCUUUGCUUUGGACACUAGGGUAGCUGAAUGAUGCCAGCAGCAGUUUCUGUUGAACUCUUCUACUUGUCCGUUCAAUUGUGGUGCGUUUUACAAGACACAGUGUAAAAACUCUGCUAUUGCUGCCACAAAUCAACAAGUUGAUCCCCAUAAUCCGUGCUGCAGGAUUAGUUAGCAUUUGUUCUGCUCCCUUCUUCAGUCAACUUGCGACCUAGUUGGCUAUUGUUUCAUUUCACGUGACAACCCAGAUUGUUCACACACCACAUACACACACAACAAAGCUUGCUUUGGGCUGUAAAUACUGAACAUCUUUGAUCAUCCUGAUUUGAGUUUAUAAAUACAAGAGGACUGGGUGGAGUGAAAUUACUCCUUGUGUACUUCACUCUGCAGGAAAAUCUGGCAAGACCCUUCAGAUAAUGGGGCCUUUGCUGACUUGGGAAUGACUGGGCCCAAGUUUGUCCUGAUGGUCUUGUGAGUCCAUGCUUUAGCUAUACAUUGCCAUGACACUGGAAACAGCAGGGCACAGCUAGACUGGAGCUAUUCUCAAGACAAAAGUUGUUUGACUGUGGUUUCAUUGCUAUUUGAAUUUUUAAUAGAGACAGAGGGAGAAGGCUGUGAAGUUUAGAUCUCUAUUAUUUUGAAUUUUUAAUGUCACAGUAAAUGCACACUCCCAAGGCAAAUAAAACAGAUUUGUCAGAGGAACAUAGAAAUGAUAGCAACUUCUUUUAGUACAGAGUGGAAACAGGUGAGACAUGGAUUAGAUAAGCUUCAUAUUUUGUGCUUCUCCUUCUGCAGGCUUGAGUUCAAAGGCCUGUUUUUAUUCCGCACGAGACUUUAUAUUCCCUCUAUUCUGUCAUUGUUUAUACAGACUCUGUGUCUCCUCUUUCCAUGCUAUGACUUCACAGUGUUACAGAGACUCACUUGGGGCUGACUGGAGAACACAGUUGCAGGGAACAUUCAGCUUGUUCUACAGUCUCUAAAACACACAGACAUUGCACUGGUUUGUCAUGUAACGAUAAUAAUCCAUUUUUUUCUGGUCCCGCAGCUAUGGCAUGAAUAAAUAGGAACAUUUCUCCCGGAGCCAUUCGGUCAAGUGUUAUGAUAUCACUUGGGCUGUCUUUAACCCUAUUUUCUCUACCCUACUUGGCAUGACCGACCUCUUUUAUCUCAUCUAUCACAAACUAUUUCUAGCAAUUCUCAAUGCUCUGACCCACUGACUCGCCUAACAGCCAAAUUGAGCUGAACGAAUAAACAGCUGAUGUCUGAACAAUGGUGACAAAACUGUGUUCAGGAAAAGUCCAGCAAUUUAUUUUUAGGGCGCUUUGUGGCUGAAAGGCUUGGGAGGAAGCAGGAAGCUCGUGUGGUUGUCGUGGGGUUGGGAGGGGAACAAAAGAAUUGGAGCAGACUGAAGGGGAAAUGGGCGUGGUGGGCUCUGCCGUCCAUUAGCCAAAUACCUACUGACCACAAAGAGAGUCAUGCUAGGACUAAAAUUACAAAUCUUUUUGUAGAAAUUCAAAGAAAAGCUGCAGAAAGAAAUAAGCUGGAGGAUAUUUCCCCUGAAGCAAACUGAACUCAGGGCAUUUGGCUUUUCCAUUUUGUGCCAGUGUGUGACAUUUUGUCUAAUGCCUGCAAAUUAGUUCAACUCGCGAUUGUUUUUCAAUCCCUUUUUGUUCAAAGCUGAGCGUUGCAAGCAUUGUACUCAUAAAGUUGGCAUUGUGUUGAUGGAUGAUGCCAAUAUUGUUGCAAACGACCACUCCCCAAAGUAACAGAGCUUCCUGUCUGCAUCCCACCAGGAUGAUUAUAAGUAUUAUUUGUAGAUGUGCCUCUGAGGCUUACAUGGAAUUAUUGCACUGAAGAAACAGUAUAAUUACACCAUGCUCUCCUCUGCAACAUUUCAUCAACCCUGUGAAAGGAGGGUGUCAGGGAUGUGCUUUGUGCUCACAUCUCUUUGUGAUUUUCAUUGACAGGAUCUGGAGGCACACUCAGGCUUUGGACAGAAUCCAGUUUGAUGACAUUAGAUCAGCCUCUGUUAUUUGCUGAUGUCAUUAUCAUCUCCCUUUGGCUUAAUUGGACCGUGACAUCCGAUGUGCGCUGGAGUAGCACUCUCACGAGAGAAAUGUCCCAAUCAAGUGCGGAGUGAGCAGCUGCUUCUCUUGGAGAGGGUCAGGGUCAUUUUGACAUGAGGGUGAAGGGUGAGAUCAUGAGAUUAAGAAUGCCAGUUUGAUGCAUUGGUGACUGUAAUAGGCAUUAGAUCACAUCCUAAUGAAGAGGGAGUAUGCUGCCACAACAUUAAGUCAUAAAAAAAUAACAAUGACCAGCUUUAGCCAAAAACUUGUAAGCUCAGGGAAGCCACAGGAAGUAGAGAUUUUAAAUACGAAAAGCUGAAACGAGCCCCUGCAGGAUCACAAAGAAAUAAGCCCUCUGUUUCUCUCGGUCUUAAUGCAGCACUCACAUGCUUGUGAUAUGACAUGUUUAUUUAUCAUUACGAUCAUUCAUCCUGGCUGCAGCUUCCCUUCUUGAAGUGGUUUCAGUAUAAAGAUGGAGAACAAUAGCAUAUCAUUAAAUACAGUAGAAGUAAAUAUGACACUACAGCUGUGUGGGAUCAAACAUUACGCAGCUAUCUUUGAAAUUCAGAGGCUUUUGAAAAACAAAGUCUCUCGUAUAAAUCUCUUUCUGCCAAGGCGCUGCAGGAAAUGUCUUUUCCUCCUCUUAAGAGUAAUUUUAAGAGAUAAACACUUGAUCUGGGUCGUUUUUACUGCUUUAAUGUGAUGUAGCCUAUUUGCCAUUUCUUAAACUGGAAUUAGAGUGUAUGAGAUAUUAUUGUAUCUUGUUUCAAAUAUUAAAAUAUAUUAUGUUUCUACGUAUUUGGGGGUCUAAAAGACUAACACAAAUGAAGAGCUAGGAUUUGCCACAGUGUAUUACUUAAAAGUGGACUUUAUGAACAGCAAAUGCUUGAUUUUUACAGCUUAGACUGAUGAAGUGUCUUACAGUAUUAUAGAAAGGUUCCCUACAGAGACUGAUGUAACGGUGAGAUCAGUUUCUUUAGAAGUAGAUGAAGACUUGACAGAGUUUGAUACAAAGAUCCUAGCCUCAAACAGAAAAAAACGGCCUAUGGCAUAUCUCUCUCUCUCUAUUUAUACAUAUAUAUACAAACAUACACACUAUAUGCUAUAUACACUCCACAUUGAAUUUUGAGGCUUCAAUCUUUAAUUUUUAUUUUAUUUUAAGUGUUUUUUAUGUUUUUCAGACACUUGAGCGUAUUAAACUUUGUGGGAAAAGACUUGCAGAUCUUAGAAAUAUACCUUUAACUGUGUCAACCAAAAGUGGCCUCGUAUUAAGAAAACAUCAGCAUCAGUCGAACAUCAAUCUUUUUCCUUGCAGAGCUAAAAAGGAAUCUCUCUUUCUGGAUUCACUGUAUUAGUGCUAGUUCUGCAUGUUGUUCACGUACAGUAACUUUAAAUGAAGUCCCUUUGAACACAUGACGCUCUGUCGUGGAAGAUAUUCUGCCAUUUUUUACAAUCUCUCUCCCUCUUUUGUAUAUGUAUGAGUAUAUUAGCAUUGGUGUCUGUGCAGAUUUAGACUUUCAGAUGUGACCUUUGUUGUCUAAAUGUCAGGGAGAUUGGAGAGGGAGCCCACAGAGGUAGGGCAGGCUUAUGUAAUCUGCUCACACUGCAUUUCACACACACACAUGAAAUCACACAAGCACAGAGGAGGAAAAAAGGACUGUUUUAGGAUGGUUGUCAUAUCUCAGUUGUGAUGCUCCCUGUAUCUCACAGAAAGCCUGGCUUUCAGAAGCAAUGGCUUUUAUCAGCAUGUAUGUGCAGAGAGUGCCCUGGAAAUUAUUUAUGGCUUUAAAAAUACUGAUACAGUGCACUCUUUCGUGUUAUUCUGUACAACUUAUUCUGGGGGUCUUUUGAUCCCUCCCAAGGCUCUGAGAUGAAUGUGAAGAAAGAGUGUAGUUUGAAGCAGACUUGUGUGUCUAUGUGCAUGUGUGUGAAGCCAUGGAUAUGCAAGUGUACGUGCUUUGUUGGUAUGGUACUGAACCGAUUCUCACGUAUGAAUUCAUUACAAUCAUGUUGUUCUACUCAAACUUGUGAUAUAAACACCAGGACAAGAGCUGCAGGCUAUACUGCAAAUUCAGUCUUUAUCUGAGAUAUCACUGAGAAUACAGAGGCCAAAAUAAUUAUAUGCAUACCAAGGGCGAAAAAUGUGCUUCAGGUAGGAAAUAGAGCCAUUUUGCACUUUCACUCACAAUCUUAACAAUGAGCCUGAUAUUGAGAAGAAGAAACUUUGGCUGUGGCUCCAAUAGUCAUGUGCUAAUGUUUACACUGGCUCGGUCAUAGCUGCAAGAAGAUCGCUCGUACAACCCUACCAGUUUGAGCAAGAGUCUGACCCAGAGGGAGAGGCUCCGGAAGAAACUCUCAGCCGCGUUCAGACCAAACGCGACUUGAAGCGACCUCGUCGACACGUCCUAUGUAUUAUUCAAAGCCGCCAGGAGGGUCACGCUUAAGGAGGAAGAUAUGAAUGUUGAAAAAAUUACAACCAGAGCUCUGCUACAAUGUAAGAUUUUGGUGCUCUAAAACUUCUCUGAAGCCUGGUUAAUAGGAUGGCCGACCGUCCAGCAUUAGCCGGGACGUCCCGUAUUUGAGCCAAAAGAGGCGCGUCGCCGCACGUGUAAAUGCUAAAGCUACAUGCUGCUCUGGAGGGGGAUUUUGUCCCCCGCCGACGGAGUUGUCGGGGAAGAAGCGAGCGGCUAAAAUACGGGAGGAUCCGGUAAACCGGCGCGGAUCCGGUGUGUCAAAGCGUGGUGGCCGUGCUGAGGCACCGGGGGAAUUUAGGCUAAACAUUAAGUCAAAAUAAAACGUUCACACUUACAGAUGCCACGUUUGUAUUAGGAUCACGGAUAGUUGGUAUGGAUCCAUUCUUUAUCUUCAGACAUCUAGCAAAUCCAGCGUUGAACUGUCCCUCGUUGAUAAAACAGUCCGAAGUGAAAUGGUGGGCACAUACAUACAGAUAUUUUGGAAGUGCCGCGGGUACAUUCCCAUUAGAAAUAAAAUCCACCCAUUGAGUCCUCAAAUCCUCCGACCAGGGAGUUUUCAGAAGAGUUUUGUGCUCGUUUGUGCAGCCAACAACAGAGCAAACGCUUCCUCUUUUUCAGAUCGUACUUCCGCCAUGGUUCUAACCGGAGCUACGCGAGCGAGCGGCCGGAAAUAAUGGCGCUGUUUUGAUAAUUUUUUGGGCAGGGUUUUUUUGGGGCGGCUCCAUGGGCAGUACCAACAACUCGCCAGCACUGACAUGACGUCAUGUCAGUGGAGUCUUCAGAACGGCUCUGAGCACACAGUUCCUAAAUACGGAGAUAACUAAACAACGACUGGAUGGAAUUUUUUCGAACUUGGGGGGAUUGUAGCGGUUUCCUAUCCCUGAUAUGCACCCCCCUCCCGUUAACAAAGUCAGUUUUUCAUGCCAUGGCCCCUUUAACACAACUCACCUACUUUCUUCCAGCAGCUGCUUGUUUGUGGCGAGACCCCGGGCCAGUCCAUUACGGACUGCUGCGGGGUGACGCAGCUCAAGGAAGAACAUUUAUGAUCAUUUCUUUAUCAUUUCCUUGAAGUAUUUAUCACCACAUUAAUCAUUUUGCACUGAAGACACAGUAUUUUUGUGCCUUAGCGUCUCAGUCUGGUUGCAUUUCCAUGAAGUACUGAAAAGUUUUACAAGUUCUCCAAACUAGCUGUGACUCUAGAGGGCCAAAGAAGGCUCUGAUGAUUAAAAACAAGGGAAAAAAAUGUUAAGCUAAUAUUUAAUAUUUAUCUUAGACUUGGAUAGAGCAGUAUUAGUUGUAGCUGAUUUUGAAUGUGUUGGGUUCAAGAAAACGAUGCAUUGUUACUGUUGCUGCUUUAGUACAGUAUGUGUUUAUCUGCCCAGGGCGUCACAUGGCCUGGAAAUGAGAUUCACUGUAAGUAUUGGCUAAAACCACUGGGCCUCAGAAAGUUAUUUCCUGUCCCAGAAAUUACUGUAUAGUUUGUUUAGUUUUAAGGAUUGUACACCGACACCGCCUACAUUUGAGGUUGGAGACGCUUUACUUGUACCUCGAUUAUUCUGGAUCUUCUCAGCCCACUUCUUUAAUACAGAUUUCUUCCAUUUCUACAUCUCUGAAACAGCAGGUGUGAUCUGCAGCUACAUCUGAUUUGAGGGACACAGGGCAUCAGCACCAGUGCAUGUUUAUGUAAACCAAUAAGGUUAGGACGCACACUCUGCAAUCCUGCUGCCAAACCAGCUUGCCCACCCACCUGAACUGCUAAAUAUAUCUACAAAGGUUUCCUAGGGUUUCAUGUGUACUUGUGCCUUUGCAUCAGCCUCAACAUUGAAACAAUUAAAAAGUACACAAAAUUUGCAGGAUGCACAUCAUGCUGCUCUCAUGCAUUACACUUAAUAUUAAGUUAUGAGUUUAAAGGGAAAUUCACUGCAUUUUCAAAAAACCUUGGGUAACUAACACACUGAUCUAAGUCAUCCUCAGGUCAUUUAGAGGGGUGGUACUGUCCAUUUUGAAAUCUGAUGACCACCGAAGCCACCUCUUUAAAAUCUUAAGGUAGAACUAAAAAUAUAACUGUUUUGGCCGCUUACGAACAGACUGGUGGAUAAACUUUCUUUGUUUUCAAAAACAACAUCCUUGAGCUGUGUCCCCCCCCCCGCUGCAGUCAGUUUGGACUCGCCCGAGGUCUCUGUACAAACAAGCGGCUGUCGGAAGAGAGUAGGUGAGUUGAAUUUAGUCUCUUUGCUAAAGAAAUUAGGCAAAGUUAAAAAGAUGUUUGGUGGCUAGUACUAUGGCUAGGACCCUAUAUGUACUGUUGAUGAAGUUAGGUGCUGUUUUGAGCAUUAUUUGUGGCUAUAGAGUGGCGUUUUGGUUGAGGUUUGCGCGUGGCUCCUGAGACCGCUGUGUAUUGCUAUCGUUCGGUCAUUACUAAAGUUGGUAUAACUAGAGAAGCAAGCGGUCAGCGAUAUUCAUCUCUCGAUGGGGUGUGUAACUUGGUGUUACGGUGUGUUUGACCCUAACUUAAUUUUACACCGGAAUAUCCCUUCAAUGUGAUUUAAAGACCAUCAUCAAAGUAGAAAAAGGAGACAGAGAGCGUGAAUGCUAUUUAUGAGUGUAACUGAGCACAUGCCCUGGCCACCCCGCUUAUGUUGGAGCUUGGUUCAGCCCCCUUUGUUACAAAAGUGUAGACACACCCCUGCCCAUCAAGAUUUAUGAGCCCUGAAAACUUUUCAGGGCUGAAUUUGACUACGUAAAGUGUCAGAACCUAUUUUUGGUGCUUAUAAAUAAUUUACAUUCAUUUUUUUUCUGCAACUGAAUAUUUAAUUUUAAAGCUAAACUUCAGGUAUUUUGAAACUUGAUUUAAACCGAAAAUGUAAUAGAAAUAAAGGGAAAACAGUGACUAACCUUGAUGUUAAAAUAUUUACUUUUUGUUUUGAUCUGAUGUUUUAAGUAAAUCUUUGAGUGGUGUAGAAUCUAACCAUUACUAAUCUUGAUUACAUUCAAAGGUUUGAACCGAACUGUAUGAUUAAAUAAGACACUAUCAAAUGCUCAGGAAGUAUCCUGAAGUUGCUGCUGCUUGCAUCAGGUCUGUUUGUUGGCGCAUUAAUGUUUCUGUAGAGUGUAAGUGUGGUUGAUUAUCAGAUCAACUAUAGGCGUACUGUAUCUGAUUGAUACCCGGCCACGGACCAAGUGGCAGGAGAGGCUGACAUUAUGCCAAUAAAAUUAUACGAUGGUGAUCACUUUGAGGAACGUGCAUCCUUUCUUCUGACAUUUAUUCUUCCUCAUCUCGGACCGUUAAUGAUAAAUGAUAAAUCACCAGGGCACGGUGAUAUUUUUAGCCGGGGUGGGAGAUAAAUGAGGUUAUGAUUCUGGCCACAGUGGUCGAUGUAGUCAACGAGGGGCUGGCUGUGCCCCUCCCCCGACUGUAGGUGAUGGCUGAAGCCGGUAGCCUGGCAGCGGAGCGCUGAUCAGUAUUAAUGCAGGACCGCCUCUCAGCCUCACAGCCGAUCUCUCUGCGGUCCCCAUCACCGGAAGGCAGCUCAGCAGCUGCGGACAGCCUGCACACAGCCUCCUUCUUGUUUGCUUUGAGAAUCUAUUGGCCUGAGAUUCGCUUGGUUUAGGGGAAGAGGCGAAACACCGGCAGGUGUUGACUAGCGGGGAGAAAUCGCGGUGCAGACUGAUGACGAUGAUGAUGGUGAGGAUGAUGCAUCUCUUCCCGUGCCUUUAUGAAUUACAUCGCGUAGUGUGAAGAGGCGUAGGGGGCAUCUUUUUUCAUUUCUUGCCUAACUGUAAUGGUGGAUUGCUCGGUGGCUUUGAGGCUACGUGUCUUGAAGGGGGAGCUGGAUACCAGCCGUCACUGAGAGCGCAGCUCAGCACCGGCCCGCAGCGCUGCGCCAUGGCCUUGGAUGUCCAGACUUGCGCGGUGUUUACGGUGAUCGCGGUUCUCGUGCUUGUGAACGUGCUGUUGAUGUUCAUCCUCGGUACUCGUUAAUGGAUCUGCGCUUGGGGCCCGGUUCGCAGCGCACCACGCUCUCAUACAGGACGGGAGAAAAAGGCUGUGCGCGUUGGUCGAGAGCGGGGACACCCGGCGCUCCAUCACGGCUACGCGUUGAAAUGAAUGACGUUGGUACAACAUAAUAUAUUUCUGUUACCCCCUCCCCAAUCCUUCGUUAUGUCUUGUGUCUUCUCACCGUUUGUGGUAGCUAGUGUUGUCUGGUGGUGGUGGUAGUUGUGCGGAUACAGAUCUGUGAUGCUCUUACCUUUUUCUGUGGUGACUGGAAAAAUCAUAUUUCCCCGCAUAUAAACAUGUCCCCCCCUACAUCGAUCCCCCUCUCCUCUCCAUGUUGUAUAUUGUGGAUUAUGCGCAUGGAUUUUAAUCUUUACCAGUGAGAUAUACGAUUUAAAUAAAUAUGAUGGUCUUUUUUUCAACAGCAUCUGCUGCUGCGUCAGGAUUUGUUUUCCUAAUAUGAUUCACUGUAGCCACAUCCACAAUAUGGCAGCUGAUAAGCUAGCUGAGCAGGGGUCUCUCCUCUGAAGGAAAGGAGAUAUUUGUAGCUAAUAGCCGUGCUGGUGAGAGGUUUGUGCUGCUGAUCACAGACUUUAGGGGACCGUUUGUAAGCUCAGUUGAACAGUAACCAAUAGCAGGCAGGGCUAGGCCUAAUAAAGGAGGGCCUCCGUCACUCCAGGUUUCCCCCAUUUUAGAUGCAGCUAAACUCAGCUCCCAUUUCACAGCCCACAAUAGUCACACUUGUCCCUUUUGCAACAUUUCAAUAAGUGCCUGUAUCUGAGGCCAAAACGUUACCACACCUGACCACUGAGUAAUUACUAAUAAAAGAUGUAUGAGUGUAUGGUCAUAAAUCUGACAGAUGAACUGUCUCCCAAAUGAAAAGAGAUGUCAGAUGGAGAUGAAAAUUCCUUUACCCUCUUUUCCUCUACAUGCAAUGCUAUAAUCUGAUAAAGGGUUGGAGGCAGGUGCCAUGAAUGUUGAAUGAGUGUCAGAAAUAGAUAUGCUAAAAGCCUAUCCCAGAGCUGUCCAUGGCAGUCCUAUUAAUAGGGAUGGUAGGCUGGCUGGGUUUUUAAGAUACCGUAUGUGCUCUCACACACUCAAGGCUAAGUGCUGUGUGUUUUUUUAGAUAAGUGGUAAAUGUUGUACUGUAGGUAAUGUUUUAUGAACACAGAUACAUCUAUCACAUGCCGUGCCAUGUGGUGUGGUGUUUUCAUCACUGUGGUAAAAAGCAUAAACAGCCUACCUAGCAGGGAUCCCACAGGACCGUAAACAGAGCAUCAUAAUAUUGUACACUGCAAUAGUGAGGGCUCAGGGAUGCACAGUGCUACUUACAGAUGUGUGUUCACAUGUGAGCAUGAGAGCCCGUCUUGUUGCUUAUGUAUGUGAGAUCAUCUGGGUGGCUGUUAUCUGUAGAUCCUCUUAGAAUCCGAGGCGUGCACACAUCCCGAGUGUUCACACAUUUGUAAUCCCCCCAGGGCCAGGUGCCUUCUAAUAGAGUUCUGUUAAAUGCUGUGCAGUCAGAAGUGUCAAUGUGCGGAUGGUGUGUGCGAGCGAGACAGCAGCGUGUGAGAGGAUGUGUGUGUAUUUCUCACUGGUUUUAGGCAGAGCAUCUUUGAUUGGCUCCCAGACUCAGGGUAUAAGUGUAUUACAUAACAGGGCUGGCAGACACAGGGAGGACAGACCGCGAGACUCACUCGGUGCGUCGGAAAGAGAAGCCUCUUUCUGGAAUACGGCACCUUGUUACUCAUUAUCACAGGCUCAGCUCAUGCGGAGGACCGUCACCUCGACCUCAUCUGAGAGAGAUUUAUCUAUCAUGAUUGUAUGAACCGGACUUCUCCAUGCAUACACUCUCCGAACAGUUACAUGCCACAAACAUGGUAAGGCUGGCUUUAGGUGUGUGUGAGUGUGUGUUUGCUCAGGGAUGCUGUAGGUGCUUUGGUGCAGAUGUGCUUCAGCUACAGAUAGAGGAGGAUGUUGGAAUGCAGUGGAGCUGCCAGUGCAGUGAAUGCUGAUGUGUUGUGCUGCAAAGAUGAUAUUAGGGAGUGAAUCGCCUUUCUGUUAUUCCAGGUUUCUUUGUCAGUCUCCACGUAUGUGAUUGAAUAAGAAAGGAAAAGCACUGUCUAUACGUCCACAUACAGGAAAAGAUUUCUCUGCAUUCAUUUGCAUUGACCCAAAUACAGGUUUGCGGUUUAAAGAACGGCUGUUUCCCCCCCGUGAUCUUUGAUGUUGUAACUGCAGUGUAACCAAAAUGAUGACAUAGGUUGUUACAGCUGGUACACACACAGGUGAUGAUGAGCAUUGUGGCAAGACUUUGUGUUUACUUUGUGCCUUUUGAUCAAGCUAGGUGUGAGGGUGAGCCAAGGCAGGAAUUGUGAAGAUUGAUUAUGUAAUGCUUUUAAUUUAUUCAGGCAUGGAGAAGGGGGGAAAAGGAUGCAAUGUAUCGGAGAGGGCAGUGCUGAUCUCAUCAGGGAGAUGGAGGGAUGAGGGGGAAGGAGAAAGUGAGCAGGGUGGAACAUUGGCUGUGAAUGGAUCUCUGUCUGUCUCUCCCUUUUGCUCUUUCUGUCUGUUGCCUAUAUUACAGCAGAUUGAUGGGAACUGGAGAGAUUGUGCUUGGAGUGAAUGGUGCUGAAAAUGGAGUGGCGCUUGAAGGGGGGCUAAAGGGUGUGUGUGUUAAGAGUGGGGUGUGUGUAUGUUGGAGGAAGGCAAGAUUAAGAAGAGGAGACAUUAAAGGAAGGUAAAGGAAGGAAGUGAGACUAACCAAUGCUCAUCUGUCCUGCGGGUGCUGUUGCAGGCAGAGGUCCGGAUGUCAGAUGGUGUUGGUCAAGUAGAACUAAUUGGCUUACAUUUUUUUCCUUAACUACCACUUAGAAAUGUUUUAUCUUACCCCUUUUUUUGAAUGAGAAAAUCUCACUAGUAUUAAUUGUUACUGUUUCCAUGGCAGUCUGACUUAUGUUUUUUGCAUUAAUCCCCCCUCUUCCUGGAAUAGAGAGCUUUGGCAAACAUGCUCAAGCUGCUGUUACCCUGACUCUCUGUCCACGUGAUGAUGUCUGAUCGAAUCAACCUACUCAGCAAUAUCUUUGAUCUAAAACCUGCAUCCUGGGGCCCACAUUGUGUAUCUCUGCGUUUCAUACUGACAUGGGAAUGAUGUUAGUGUAUUCUCUAAUGUGAUUGGCUCCUCUUUUCUGAGAUCCAAUAACAGAGGAGGGCUUUCGCAGUUAUUCAGCGGUCACUCUGUGUGUGUCGGCUCACACAUGCACCUAAAUUUGGAAAUAUUCUGGCACCUCCUGAAGUGUCCUUGCCUCAUCCCAUCAUCUUGUCAAUACCAGUGAAGCAUCCUCAUCUGUCGCCAUGACGACGGCUGUUCUUUCCCUUCCAGGCACGGGCGUCCCUCCCUGUGCUCACUCCUCUGCCCAGAUUGGCUUGUAUCCCCUGUAGCUGUCUCAGCGAGCCAUCUGGGAGGAAGGCUUGUCUACAGGUUGAAGGGGCAACAUAGCUGCUGAGUCUGAGAGCUUAGAUCCUCACGGGGGGGUUUGGUUGAAUAUAAACAACACACACACAAACACAGACACACACAAACAUAACUGCAUCAGCAUUAGGUGGGACUGCAUUUUUGCACUAAACUGAUGAAGUGCAUUUUAUAUGGCUGAAGGGUUUGAAUGGUAUGAAAGGAAAAGCAAUCCUAAGGGACUUGAUGAAAUGAUUGAACUAGCUAAAUUAAGGGUAUCACAUUGGCUCUGUAUUAUGAUGCAAAAGCCUUAAUGCAUACAAAGAAGUAAUCUAAUGUCCAUCCUUGUGCUAUCUUUGUGUCCAGACCUUUGAUAACUCCUUACCUAAAGCCUAAGCAGCUCCUGUCAGGCUUGGUUAGCGAUAGCUGCUCUGCCCACAGCCCCAGGGAUUGAAUGCAUGGUUAGCUCUGGAUUGGAGACUGCUGAUGAGCACUACCUUGGAGGGAGCAAUUGGAACAAACAUUUGGAGCUGUGCCAUAGAGGCACACGCAGCCUUUUUAAUGUAUAAGAAGUUUAAAAGUGUAGCUGCAAAUGUGAGUGCUGCUUCGGUGUGUGUGUUUGUGCAUGUCUCAGCACAACAAAGCCGAGUCCUCUGUGUUAUGGAUGGUGAAGCUGUUUGGUAGAUGGAUGAUGUCAGACUCUGGUCUCUCUCAGGAACAUUGUCUGCUGUCUUCUGUCCUUUAAUGAGAACAACCUUUAGCCUCUCCAAAUCCCUUAAAGAAUACUGAUGGCCUGACAGGCCUCCGUGCUCCUACAGAUGAUGCUGAAGACAAGCCCUUUAAGAAACACCCUCCUCAUGUAAAUGCACCUUCCUAUAAAGCUUCAACAGUUAUUUCCAGUGUCGCAUAAUGUCCACAUUAUUUAUUCAUGAUGCUAAAAUCAAUAGAAGAUGUUUGAUGAGUCAUGCCUCCAUGCUCUGUCAAAGGCUGUGCUGCAGAUUAAAUAACAAGCUCUAGUGACAGCACGAAGGAAAAGAGAUUAUCCCUUCACAUUUGUUUGCUCCUCAGCAUUUAUAUUACAUUAACACAUGUAAUUAUUCUAAUGUCAUAAUGGGCCAAUUACAGUCCCUGUGUAGAGACUGGUGCUGUGUUUAUGAGUGCUGCGUUGUUUUUCCACUAAUGGCUCUGCCUGUUUUGUGUUGUUGUAUUUUGUUGUGCUGUGUUGUGUUCUAUGUCAGCUAUUGUGUUGCUCUAUUUGCAAUCCCUAAGCUGCUAGUGGGCCCUGGCUUUGAGGGUGUGUAUUUGCAUCUAUUAGUAAUCUGAGUGGGUUUAGCAACAAGGAUUCUCACAAAUUGAGGUCUAAAUAAGGAUGAGUACUGAAUUAAAUCCCUUUCAAAUUUAAUUUAUAAGCUGUUUUGGAUCAGGUGGACCCAUAUUUAUUCAUCAAUGUCUGCAGUGUUGUUCGUGCUGUUUCUCUGGUGUCUCCUCAACAGAAGUUAUGCUCAAUAAGAAUAAAGCAUAAGAUAUCACUGUUUUUCCCUCCCUUUUCCCCAGUUGAUAAGUGGAGGUUCAAUCGUUAACGCUGAGGCGGUAUGGGACCAUGUGACCAUGGCGGACCGGGAGUUGGCGUUUAAGGCUGGUGACGUCAUCAAGGUGCUGGACGCCUCCAACAAAGACUGGUGGUGGGGCCAGAUUGAUGAGGAGGAAGGAUGGUUCCCUGCCAGCUUUGUACGGGUGAGUUAGCUGCUGCCAUGGCUGGCCAAUGACCAUAGACACAACACGCACCCACACACACAGAAAUGGAGGCACAUAAACAUAUGCACACAGGCUGCCCAAUACACAGAGGGAAGGUGCGCAAAAACCGUCACAUACACACAAAAAAAAGAGGCGCAUUAGUAUGCCUUCUCCACACACACAGAGACACACUCCAUGGAAUAAUGCUGUGCUUUAAUAAAACAUAACACUGGAGAGAUGAGAGGACAGCUAGUUGUUGAGUGCCUUUACCGGGUGUUCAGGGACAACGACACAGAGAUGCUGAUGAGCCCCUUUUUAAGCUUGGCAUUACCUCCAACUGUUACCCUUGAAACUCACUUGAAUUUUUAACGUCCCCCACUUCACAUUGUUAUUAUAUAAUCUCACCCAUAUCUGAGCUUAACUAAAGCUAACACACAAGUCUGACUCCUUUAAUUAGCUUCUGUUUGACAAAGAGAAAAAAAAAAAACAGGCGAGUGAGAAUGGUUGUGGUAGGUAGGUAAGGCUUCCCACAGCAGAGCACCCCCACAGACACUCCUCAUGGCCAUUUCCACCUGUCCGCCCUUCCAUAUUCACUCCUGAGAGGGCAGGGCAGACAGGCUGACUGACUGUCAACCAAAAAGUAUCUUUCUGUUCUGUCAUUCUCUCUCUCCAAGGUGGAACCCCACCCUCCUCAGCCCCAAACAAAACAGGUUUUCUAUAUCAACCCCAUAGCAACUCCACGGUUCCAAAACACCACGUCAAAGGUGCGUUUUCCCAGCUUCAUCCAAUUCAUCCAGCCUGCCCGCCCACCCGCCCGCUCUAGUCUGUCCACACAACGUGCCCUUGACAUUACCAGACAUUAACGUUCCCAUGACGUUAUCACAUCAUCUUUAACAGGGUCGAUAGCGAGGAAGAACUGAUGAGUCAAAAGUAAAAUCCUGAUCAAAGUCUUCUGAAGGCCUGCACUCAAAUUCUGUUAAGAUUUACAUAGAAGUAGAUGGAUCAUUGGAGACAUUAUUCCUGUCAACAUUCAUUAUUUCUUCUCCAAAAGGUGGCAAUUUUCUUCAGUACUCUAUUUACUAUUGACUCUGGCUAUUUCUCAGUCCUAAUGCUGCGCUAGUAGUUCUCGUCUGCAGUCAAUGCUCUACCACCCGUCACUCUGCUUGUCUGUGGCGCUGCAUUUCUCAUCUUGUGUUUGGCAUUCUACCCGUCGGAUCUUUGAUGUUUCUUGGCAAACUGUGUGUCAUCAGGUGUUGGCUGCUGGACAUCUGAAACCACGCUCUCUCGGGCCCUAACUUUGAAAAAGAGUGAAAUACACGAUGUACUGUGUGGGGAUAUGUGUGUGUCUGAAUGUUGUUGAAUGCAUGCAGGUGUGAAGUUGUGUGUGAGUGUAUAUGCAUGCAUGUUUGCAGGGGAGGGGACUUUUUAGCUAGGAUUUAGGUAGGGCUGGGUGAUUAAACGGUAACAAUAUGUAUCAAAAAUUGAUUUUCCUCAAUAUCAAUAUAAAAUAUGGUCAAUAUGCAUUUCGAUAAUUGGAAUUCUGCCUGUUUUGGUUGGCUGUACAAAUAGCCAAUGAAAAGGGAAGUUGUUCCAGGUCCGCUUUGUGCUGAACCAAUCAUGUGCUGAAGUAGAACCAAGUAGCAAACAACUGUAUAGUAGCAGGCUGCAACUACACACAACCAUAGCAUGUGACACAUGACACCGACAGAGCUGUCGGUGAGAAAAAAACAAAAUGAGUGCUACCCCGGCAGAAAUGCAAAUGAAGGCUCAACAGGUGAUGACAUCGAAAACAACACUGGCACGAAAAUGUCGGUGGUGGGGAGGUAUUUUGUUUUUUUAUGGUCAGACAUGAAAAACAGAGUAGUGUGCACUGCAAAUUAUGUCGGUUACAUGUUCGCGCAGAGUCGGGGAAUACCUCAAAUCUUUUUUACCACCUGAAGCAGUGCCAUGUGGUAGAGCACGCGCAACGCAACAGGUCACAAACCCCAAGUGGAGCAAGGAGCUCAUGGCGCCUGUGCAGCCGAAACAGCUGACCAUUCAGUUUGCUUUCUCUAGCGCAACACCUUACGACAAAAUGCAGUAGCUUAUUGUAUUGCAAAAGACAUGCUACCAAUAAGCACUGUUAAAUUUCAUUUUUUAUAUCGUGAUAUAUAUCGAUAUCCACUGAUAUGAAAAAAAUAUAUCGUGAUAAGCUUUUUCCCAUAUCGCCGUGCCCUAGAGUUAGGCAAUAACUUUCCCCUAGAUACCGGUCUCUUAAAGAUGCAGUUCUCCUUGAACUCUUUGGACCACUAGUCUUACUUACUGUCCCUUAAAAUGAAGCUGUGUAUUUGAGAAGAUGUGUGUUUAUGUAUGUGAAGUGUGUGUAUGUGUGUGCAGUGUGCUCAUUGGAAGAGAUAUGCGCCACAUGUAUUGCAAACAUUUUGUGAUUAGAAUUCCUAAAUGCGCAUUUACUAACACCUUUUUCAUCAGGUUAUUUAUACACUUAAAACUCAGCUGAGCAUGUCUUAUUAAAGUGCAUGUGUGUGUCUGUGUGUGUUUUUGUGUGUGUGCGAAUGUGUUUGAACUCAGCUGUGGGUGAACCAAGAGGAUGGGGGAGCGGAGCCAGCAGAAGGGACCAGCGAGGUGCAGAACGGGCACCUGGACCCGACCAAUGACUGCCUGUGUCUAGGCUCUCCCCUGCAGAAUCGAGACCAGAUGAGAGCUAACGUCAUCAAUGAGAUCAUGAGCACAGAGAGACACUACAUCAAACACCUCAAGGACAUCUGUGAGGUACGAAACACGUGCUCACAUCCAGCUGAACACUCACUCACACACACACAGCUCUUCCUGUACUAAUACCUUGAAGAUGAUAAGAAAGAUAAAUGGAAAUGAAAUGAAUCAGCUGAAACGUGUACGAGAGAAGAAGCAGCAGCCCUUUUUGAUGCUACACAAUUCUUAACACUCCCACAUUCACACUUUUUAUCAUGGCAUAUUUUUUUUCUGUUGAUCUAAAAAACAGUCCAAAAAUAGUCUCCUUCUUGGAUGUAAAAAUUCAAUUUGUCAGUUGCGCACAGCAGUGGCAGCUGCCAUACUUGGACUGAUUUAGCCCAGAUUAAAUUUUUUUUAAUCAUAUUAUGAAUCAUGCUGAGGUGGCAAGCUAAAAUUCACACCUAAUAAAAAUAAACAAAAAGCCUUGCAAUUUGCUGUGUUAUGAGGAUUUUGUGCCUGAUUUAAAUACGCAGACAUUUGUGGUUUCACUUGGCAUUUUACUACAUGGCAUUACUUUUACUGUUAAGCAAGAAAUACUCAUGCUUCCACAGUACAGAUACAGCAGUGAAUAUGGGACAGCUUUUUCCUAGUAUAAGUAUUGAGAUCCAUGUGACGUGUACUAUCAGUAAUGCAUUUCUUUUGGUUCGUAAAUAAACAAAUUUAGAUACAGUGCUGGUUGCAAAGCUGUCUCAUCCAACUGCAGAGGAUAAUACCUUUGCAUUAUAACACGAGGUGAGCUGGGUGUUCCCUUGCAACUUCUUGCCUAUUUUAAAAAAUUAGCACACCCUUUGUCAGUGCAGCAAUAUAUUAAAAAAUGUUGCUGUGUUGUGUAUAUCUCUUCGCUGCACCUCUACACCACCUUCCUCUAGAGUAUGCUGCAUUUUUAACUUUCCACAAACUUGCUCAGGCAGGAGUUUAUAGCUUUAAAUAUCACAACUGAGCACAGAAAUAAACAAGGCAUUCAUAGUAUGAAUUUAAUUUUGUCAUAACUAUUUUCAAACUGUGUGCUAUAUGUUGCCAAGAGGAAGGAUAUCAAUAAUUAAGGGCAACUAAUCAGGAGGAAAACACAGAUUUGAAAUCCCUGUGUGUAUAAAGUCAAAAUGCCUCGUAGCAGAUGUUUUCCUUGUCCGUAGUUGAAUACUUGAUGGCUUCAGAGGCCGGGCUAGUCACUUAAGACGCUAUCAUUCUUAAUAUAGUAUUUUGAGUAAUAUAAGAGAAUUCAGAAAGUUUACCAACAAAACCAUCCGUUUGAUUUUUUUCCAGUUACUAAUGGAGGCUGCACUGUUCUCAAAUCAAAGUUACCCCAGUUUAAAGCAACACCUCUGUGUUAAUGGAUUGUAUUUAGGUUGACCUUAAGGAAACAAAACAAAACAGAAAAAGCUCAGCUGGUGUAUUUUGCUACAAAACAGAGUAUCCUGAGUACCCAAGUGUGAAAAAGCUCAAAUCUACCUCACUCUGAAAAACUUUUCCCUAUGAUCAAAAGCUUCAGGGCAUUUAAUUAACCACAAGAAUCGGACUGACAAAUUGGGGCCACAGUUCAGCCUAUAGUAAAGUGUUUUUGACUCGACUGAACAGUCAAAGUCCAUUCUCAACACAAAGAAUGACUUUGCGUGUUUAUCACGAGGAAUAUAAAACAGGACUGAGACGAACAAAGACUAAGGCUUUUUCUUUUGCAUGUUUUAUGUUCUGACCCGAAGCUUCAGUGACAUGUUUCUAUUUGAAACUCAGCGCUUCUCCUGUAUCCUCUUUGAGAGAUCCUCUAUUGUUGUGACCGUAUUAUUGCAGGGCUACCUGCGCCAGUGCAGGAAGCGUGUGGACAUGUUCAAUGACGACCAGCUAAAGGUCAUCUUCGGGAACAUUGAGGACAUCUAUCGCUUCCAAAUGGGAUUUGUUAGAGACUUGGAGAAACAGUACAACACAGAGGAACCACACCUCUCUGAGAUUGGACCGUGCUUUUUAGAACAUGUGAGUUAUUUUUUUUUUUUUACUUAAUAUCAGUUUAGCUAUAUUUAGAAUAAAAAUAUGUAUAUCUUAUACAUGCUGUGUUAGUUAGUGAUAAUUCAUGACAGUGUUGAAGCUUUUUUCAAGAUCAUUACAGUUAAAUUGUAAAAAAUAAUUAGGAACAAGCUAACAGUUUACAAGAGUUAUAUGUGAUCAUAAACUGAAGCAGAACUGAAAAUAAAGAGGAAUUACAUUAGAAACAGGAUCUUUUAGCAGCACUUCUCUCCCUUAUUUUGCUUUGCAGCAAGAUGGGUUUUGGAUCUACUCUGAAUACUGUAACAACCACCUGGAUGCUUGUAUGGAGCUGAGCAAACUGAUGAGGGAUGGCAGGUACCAGCACUUCUUUGAGGCCUGUCGUCUUCUCCAGCAAAUGAUUGACAUCGCCAUAGAUGGCUUCUUACUCACCCCUGUCCAGAAAAUCUGCAAAUAUCCACUCCAGUUGGCUGAGCUUCUCAAAUACACUGCACAGGAGCACAGGUACGGUCCACUUUUGGCGUGGGGUCACAUUUAAUCUGCUGAAUGAGUUGCCGUUUGAUGAUUGUACAUUUGUCGCUCAAAAGAAGAUGUUAUUCAUGCGUCAUUGUUCUCCAGAUGCAUUGUGUUUUGAUGUGGCGUCUGCAGGUGUUGGGUUUAUUGUGCUGUUGUGGUGAUUAUACAUGCAUGAACUGAAACAAAUGUUGCUUACACUGUUCGUAACAGCUUUCUGUGAAUGUUAUAGAGGAAAGCCAUCUCUGAUGCAUUGACAUUACAGUGCUGCAAUUCAUAGCCAGUGGUCUGAGGACCAUUGCAUAGAACUGUGGAUAUAAAUAGAUAACAGAUUAAAUAUGAAUUUGAGCUUUUGCUGGCUGCUACACAAGCAUUCCCCACACACUGCCUGCACAGUAGAGAAACACAGAACACAACAUAAACAUUUGCAGAUGAUCUCCAGCAUCCAGAUGUGUGCAAACCCACAGAAAACAUGGUGUAAAUGAUGAAGCAUGUCUCAGCCAGCUUCAGGUCAUCCACAAACCAUGAGCUCUCAGCCAGAGAGAGGCAGGUGCCAGCUCUGCCGGAGAGGCCUGCCAGAUCACAGUGUUUGACUGUUGGGAGCUGUAGAAAAUCUGCCAGAUAUAGGCUCGCUCCAUGUCACACACACAUACACACACAGCGUUGUCACACACACACACACACACACACACACUUAUUAUCUUCCAAAGUGAGGAUUGGAUCCGUAGCACAUCUAAGCCAGAGGGAUAAAUCCUGCUCAGUUAGCAUAGACGCAGUCAGAGUUAACUGCAGAUAGAGAAAGUGGCUGAUUAGAAUUAAAUAGCAGUGUGUUAUUUUGACCGGGUUCCAGCAGACUUAUUGCUGUUACUUAAGUUUAUAACCCAAGACUUUUAAUAGGCUACUCUGUAUCAUUCACCACUGCAACUUUACAUGUCUUUUUUUUUUUUUUUCACCGUGGCUCAUCUCCAAGAGCUGUAACUUUCCCCUUUAACACCCCCAAGUAAUUAUGUGUACACUGUGUCUGUAGUGACUAUCGAUACGUGGCGGCAGCGCUGGCGGUAAUGCGGAACGUCACUCAGCAGAUCAACGAGAGGAAGAGGAGGCUGGAAAACAUAGACAAGAUAGCCCAGUGGCAGGCGUCGGUUCUGGACUGGGAGGUAUGUGUAUGCAUUGAUUGUGGAGUAAUUGCAAAGCAUCUGAUGUCCACCGAUGUUGUUUUAUUGGCAAAAUCUGGUCGGAUCUGUUUCGUCCAUCUGUUCAGUACCAGUCUAUGCCCAGAGACAGAAAACUUUAGUUUUGCUCCAUUUAUCUGACACCCAAUUUUAGACAGUUUCACACAACCUACUUUGGGAAAAAAAACAUCUCACAUGUAAUUUGGGAGAGGAUGCAUCAUGCUUUUCAAGCUUUUUUCUUUCCUUUAAAGGUGUAGUUUGUUUUUAUUUGUUUGAAGAGGGGUUGUAUGCGGCAUUUCUCAAUCGCAAGUGUAUUACCCACAGGGGAUCAUGGUCAGCGCAGGCACUUUGUUAAACAUUGUUUACAGAGCCAGAUCAGAAGUAAAUCCAUCAGUACCUACAGAUGGGACAGCUUUACCAUGUAAUGUAUUGAAUUACAACAAACCCAAACAAAAACACUAUUCUCGUUUAAAAGCACACCAUAUUUGGGAAUUUUUUCAGAAAUUGCUGUCAGAGGCCCUUUUCGUUUUUGCCCUAUUCUCAGAUGUGGUAUCUAGGUUCUGCCACCUGCAGUGCACUCAUCACCUUAUUGGCUCUGCAGGCUUCAAAAGAGGCAAAAGUACAACAAAACUAAAGAAUAAGGGAUUCUGACAGCACUGAUGACAUGCCAUUUACUGUUGUCACUAGUGGAUAUCUAUGCGCUGGAGUUUAAAGAGUAAUAGGACGACUUCACAAACUGUUUCCAGUUCUGUGGUAAAUGAAGAGCAGGAAAGAUCGAAAGUUACCUGGUGGUGCUGCAAACGCCUUCCUGUCACAACAGUCUUUUUAGAACCUCUCAGGAUCAGAGCAUACCAGCAAAUCACAUACAGCUGCAGUCUGCAUCACUAAAUUAGCCAGAUUUCCCUGCUGCACCAUGGGCUGGUUUGAACCAUCUUUGUUCAAUAUUCAGGAGUUCAAUCAGAAAAAAACAGAAGAUGCUUCUCCAGAGUGUGACAGUGCCAACUGUUCUUCACAUGAAUGUCUGGGUCUAGGAUGAAGAAACAAAAGGGAAGAGACUCAAUAAACAACACUAAACACUCAAGUGACUUACACAUCAUAGACCUAAUUAUUAGUUUGGUACACUUCAGGCAGAAGAACGCCAAAGUGCCAGCUCUGAGAAGAGUUCAAAUAUAAGAAAUGUAAAGUACUGAAGAAUUUCUUAAUGGAGCCUACGAUUACACCAGGAAUAGUGUUUUGGUUGAAGUUUGAUAAAAUUUGCUUAAAUGCUAGGUAGAGCUAGUGUGGUUGAUUGGCUAGGUUCUGGUCUGAUGCUGCUGCUGCUUUAUCAAAAAAAAAAAAAAAAAAAGAAUAAAGGCCAAGCUGACCGGGAUCUCCUGUGAAAAAAAAAACACUUACUAUUGACAAGUACAAUAUAAACUCACUUGGAAUAAAAAUAUCCUUUCAGUAUUUGUCUUAUAAAAAGGCUAAACUGUAUCUUCACAUGAAUGUCUGGGUCUAGGAUGAAGAAACAAAAGGGAAAAGACUCAAUAAACAACACUGAACACUCAAUGAAGCAAUCACUGAAGUGAUAUGUAUUAUGUAGAAACAUGAUAUUUAUUAUUACAGAACCUUUUGAAUUCUUAACAUCACUCUACCAACUGAAUAGAUGUUUUUAUUUUCAAAUGUUUAGAUCCAAGCACUUCUCUUAAUAUUCAUAAUAGGAUUUUCUUCAGAUUUGAAAGGAAGGUCUGGUUACUCUCUGGAGGAUUAUAAGAGACAGAUUUGAAGAAUGACAAUCACAAUAAAAUAAGUAUGGGGAUAAGAUUUUUAAAAAAGUGGAUCCUACUUGCAGCUUAAUGGCUUUUUUUUUUUGAACAGCUGUAUGUCCCAGCUGAUAAAGUAGGCUUUUUGUUUCCACCAGAUGACAUCGCAGUAGCACCAUCAGGAUUAACCUCUCAAACUUAACACAAAAAUCACUGUUACCUGUUUUGACAGGUUGAUAACUUUGAACUUCAACAAGCAAACUGACUCAACAGCAUGCGUGGAAGGAGCUAUUAUAAGCUUUUCAGCUUUUGGAAGCAGCUUGAACACGUAGUUGCAUCCAUGUUUAUGUUCUUUAUUUACACACUGCAUUUCUGUAUUGUAUGUGUGCGUGUUUGUGUGUCUAGGGAGAUGAUAUCUUGGACAGGAGCUCAGAACUCAUCUACACUGGGGAGUUGUCAUGGAUCUAUCAGCCGUAUGGACGCAGCCAGCAGCGAGUCUUCUUCCUCUUUGAUCACCAGCUGGUUCUCUGUAAGAAGGUAGGCUUUCUCUCUCUCUCUUGUUCUCUCCUCUCUCUUUGUUCCCUUUCUUGCCUUUUUUCUAAGAGCAUUGUUGGCUGAAAAACAAGCUGAUAAGCUAAAACACACCCUCAGUCUGUGCUCUUAAAAGUUGUGUAUCACAUGGCUGGUGACUGAGGUACUUUAAGACAAUGUGACUUCAUCAACCUCACUGGUGAGCUGCAAAAGGAUUAUGUAAUGCUGUAUGAGACGCACCAGCCCUCUGUGAAGAUGCGCUCAAAUCUUCUGCACCUUUUACAAAAUGGAGCUUUGGUACUUUGGGCUCUAAUGCACUGAGGCUGUGCUCUCCUGUCAGAUGGAUGUUCAUGCUUGGUUAGACUCUAUAACACAUGCACACAGAGACACUGCCACAAACGCAGACAGACACUCACGAAUACACGCACACGGGGGCUGAAUAACUGCGUCAUCCCACGAAUGCAUGUGUACACAAGUAGGAACAACGAUUUAAACCAUUAAACAGACAAACAAAGCCCUAUAGGUCGGUGAUUUUCUGUUUUUCUAUUCUCCGUCUCUCUCUCUCAUCUCUGGCACCAAAAAUGAACUCAAGUAUUCCUGACAGUCACCAUGUUUGUAAGCUGAUCUCAUCAGCUUAAUUAAUUCUGCUUCAAGACACACUGAAUUAUAAAACCCAGUCUUUGCUCUACACUUCCUCAUCCUCAUCUCGAACAUGUGUAAUGGCAGCCCUCAGGGUGAUGUGACAAACACGCUGCGUGUUGUCCUCCAUCUUUUCUUCCUAUCUCCUUAUCAGCACACAGAUGCACAUUUGUCCAUGCAUGCUUACAAAAAGAUGCCGCCCUUAUUUUUACAUCUUACCUUCGUCAACCUCAAAGUGAUUGUGAGUUGGUCCUGAGGCUAUGGAUAAAUAUAUUUAUAUAUAUAUAUUCUCCUGGAAAUUGCAAAGUCCUCAUAGAUUAAGGUUAUUUUUGGUUGUUGCACGGCUGCAGAAAUGGAAGAAUCAAUCAGUGUUUCAGUUGGAAAAUAAUUGAUGUGUGAAUAUUUUGACGACCGAUUUAUCAAUUGUCUUUCCUUUUUAGCAAAAUGCCAAACACUCUUUGAUUUCAGCUUCUGCAGAGAGAGAAUUUAAUGCCUUUUUGUCUUGUGUGAGGGUAAAUGAAAGUACUCUGGUUUUUGAGGUGUUGAUGGGUGAAACUGUCAGACAGAAGAUGUUAUCUUGGCUUGUGAGAAACUUUGAGAUUUCGUCACUUUUUCUAUUCUUCAGACCAAAGGUGUCUUAUUCAAGAAAACAGUUUAAGUUUUGUUAACAAGCAUUAAAAAUGAAUGUGAUGUGCUGCUCUGUGGUGAGAGAGUUGAAGACUUUAAAUCAAAGAUCCGCAGGUUUUUGAAUUUUAUGAGGUCAUGUCAGAUAACUUAUGAAUGAAUGAGUCAAGUCAAAUAUUGGUGGAUUUACAAUUCUUCUUUUACCACCUUGUCAAAAAACGUUCACACUUCUAUUUUGUUGUAAUGACUGUUAUUUACACACUCAUAUAUUUGCAGCCCAAUAUGUGCUGAGUCAGUUCAAAUCACUCCUCAUUUGCAGUGAACUGAUUUACUAGCUACCAUUUUAUUAGCUCAUUCUAAUCUUGAGUGUGUCAAUUUAUCUGUUUGGAGCCUAAAAAUGUCCAUGAGAUGAAUACAGUGCAAAGCUUUUAAAACUCUGACAGGAUGGUACAAAAUGAUGUUAAGAAAGUGCGACUGUCCAAACGUUUACAUGUAGUUAAAUCACAGCUGUUCAGGGGGUUUAUUUCAGACACAAUGCCUGUCUUUGAUAUCAAAGUAAGGCUGUGUCAACAUGACAGAAUGAACAAAUGCAGAAAUUAGAGAUGCACCAAUCCAAUUUUGUCUGAUCAAAUUCAAUACCGAUACUUGAGCUGAGCGUAUUGGCCGAUAUCCGAUACCGAUCCAAUACUACUGUUAAAAUAAUAAUCUGUUUACCUUGCCCUUGGAGUGAAGGCAUCAGGCUUGACAUUAGCCUUAUUAAAAAAAAAGGGUUUAGCAACAAAUUAACACAGAUAUAAAUUUACUUAAUAUUAUUUAUUAACAAAAAAAAAAUUGCACAUUAGCACACAGCAAAAAAAAGUAAGACUUCCCUGUAAACAUUUAGUGCAAAGAUAGAUAGAUAGAUAGAUAGAUAGAUAGAUAGAUAGAUAGAUAGAUAGAUAGAUAGAUAGAUAGAUAGAGCAAACAGAAUCACUGUGUUGUUGUGUAUGAUAUUAAUUAAAAGACUAAAAGACUGAUUGGAACGCUUGAUCGGCAUCAUUCAUCAGAUGUCCGAUCCAGUUAAUUUGUCAAUAUCGGAGCCAAUAUCCGAUUCAAAUAUGGAAUUUGCGCAUCGCUAGCAGAAAUCCACAAUCUCAAAAGAAUACAUUCAUAUAGGCCUACCUGCAAUAUUAGUUAUAAAGUGUUUAAAUAACUUAACUUGGAUCUCAAUCUCUUGUAUGAUACUCAAACAUACAUAGGGGUUGAUCAACUGGUGAUGAAAUAAUGACUAAAAUUAUGGAAAUAAACAGUUGAAAAUAUGGAAAAACCACAGUCAGAGUUUAUCACUGUGUUUCUGUGAGGUUGUGCCUUUGAUCGCAUACAUGAACAGAAAACCUUAUGAGUGUCCUUUUUUUGUUGAACUAGCGCUUUCUAUAUUUUGUGGUAGCAAGUGCCAAGCAGAUUUGUUGUGAAAUAUUGCAUUCUGCUAUGUGUGUGGAAGGUGUUUGUAUGUUUGGGCAGCAGAUGGAAAGGGUUGCAUAAGACAGACUCUCAGGAUAACAGGGGAGGGUUGCUUGUUGACACCUCUAUGGUUCAGCACACACACACACACACGCACGCAUGCACGUACGCACAUUAACAGACAUCUUUCCCGCUCUUCCGCAGGACCUGAUACGUCGGGACAUUCUGUACUAUAAGGGACGCAUCGACAUGGACCGCUAUGAGGUGCGGGACGCCAUUGAUGGGCGUGACGAUGACUUCAACGUCAGCGUGAAGAAUGCAUUUAAAUUGUGCAACAAAGACAGCGAGGAGAUCCACAUCUUCCUGGCCAAGAAGCCAGAGGAGAAGAUUCGCUGGCUCAGGGCCUUCCAUGAGGAGAGGAAGAUGGUGCAGGAGGAUGAGAAAAUCGGUUAGUCACGCACCUCCCUGUUUGGAAAGCACCCGCUUCAUUGACAAUGGCCAACAGAGCUUCUGCUACAUGUGCUUGCUGUUUGCCUCAUGGAGACUUAUUUAGUACAAAAAUGGAUUCCCUUGCUUGUGUAAAUGAAGGAAAAAUCAAAGUUAUGUGAGGCUGACAAUUAAGUUUAAGCUUUGAUUGGCAGGGUCAUGCUCAAAAUGUUGUCAAGGAAGCAUCAGAGGACACUUCUUUGUAUGAUUAAGCUUUUGUACUUAAUAUAUAUUAAGGUGACUAUAUUCUGAAUCCCCAAAAAGAGGACACUAAUACGGACGGCAGAGUCGAAGAGUCGCGCAUAGUAAAUUUUGAGAGUUUUUCAGGUCGGGUCGUGUUUUUUUUACAUGCUUCCAACUCAGUUAGUCCACACUACACAAACUCAACACUUCCACACAAAAUCCCAGACAUUUUAAGGAUUUUAUAAACUCCCCCAGACAAGGCCAGAAAGCCCCCCAAAAAGAGGGCAGGUCUGGGUAAAAAAGGACGUAUGGUCACUCUAAUAUAUAUCCUAAGUCAUUCUUGAUUAACGGUUUUCAAUGCUAAGUAUGUCAUUGUUAGAUUCUUACCUUACAAGUUAACGUUUGAUACCACAUGAAAACAAGUAUAUUCAUACUUUGUUUGAAAGCUAUAUACAGCUAAUCCUGUAGGGGUGUGAUCAGCUUGUAUUCCUGGCCAGAUACACAACCCCCUAACCCUAAAUACAAGCUGAUGUUAGCAUUAGCAUUAGUUAUUAUUGUCGCGUUUACAUGUGAUGUUGAAGUCUUGAAUUUUGCUAGUUUUGGCAACUGUUUACGCUUUCAUGAAAGCCAAGCUUAACUCAGUCCACUUAGUCAUUCUAGUGCAGAUGCUCCUUGUGGAAGCCAUUUUAUUGCUGUGAAGGUAAUAUGGAUGAGCUAAUCAAUUUUGAGGGCUUAUAGAUAACCGUAUUGAAUAAACACAUUGACCGGCCGACUGGCAGAUACAUCCUUUAGGCAGCAUUAUCUACCCGCGGCAUUAGUGUCAAAAUAUCUCAAGCAGUGCUGAAAAUGUGCCGGAUUGACGUUGUUUCUUGUUGUUUAGGUUUUGAGAUCUCUGAGUACCAGAAGCGACAGGCGGCUAUGACAGUGAGAAAGGUGACCAAACAGAAAGGUGAGGCAACAAGAAGAUAUCAGGUGAUUUUCCUUUUCUUUUCCUCGCUGGUGUGCUCUGUCUUCUCAUCGCUGUUUACUCUUCCUUUAACCUGCUCUCUUUUUUUACUUUCUACACCUUUUUUGAAACAUGCUUCUUUGUUUACAAAUGGACAUAGACUAUCUGUGUACUUAGUAAGCGAUAAAAUUGAAGUGGAUUCAUGUUGUCACACUAUAGUAGUUUCACUAUUUUCGCUUUAAGAUAAUUGUCUGUUAGUCUGCACAUGAGCUUGACAUGAGGAUGAGUUUUAAGGCAGCUGUUAAGCAUCAAUGAAAAGACAGAGGGCUGUUUGCAUGAAGUAUUGAGUUUAAAGGGAGAUACCAGCCCUGCUGACAUGUGGGUCUUGUUUCACGCUUGUCUUGGAAAAAAAUAUUACCUCAGACACCUGUUUGCAUUUUUUCCCCUACUGAGUUAGCCUAGUUGUUGGCUCUUAUUACUUUUACAUCCAGGUGAUUAAAUCAAAAACUAAAAAACAAACUUUCUGUUGAUAUGUUCUUCUAAUAGAAGGUUAAUCCGCCUUUACGUUUUUUAAAUUGGUUAAGUUUGUGAUAUAUUCAGUUAACGCUGUUUAAGUCUCUCCAACAGCAACUAUCUCAGUAACAGGAAAACAUGUCAAGCGAGUUAUUCAAGGCUUUUUUUUUCUUAGCUAAGCAUCUGUCAGAGGACCCACAUGUCUAAACUGCUGGCAUCACCCUUUAAGAUUUAGCUGUUUUAGUGCCAGGCUAGAUGUUUGUACAUUUACCAUUACUGAUGUUCUUGCUAUUGCCAGAUUCACGAUAAGCAUGACCAUCCAUUAAAGUAUUAAUUAACCAAUAUCCACUGCUGGAAUGUUCUCUCUGACGUUAGGUUCCCUGUAGAUGUCUGUCAGAAGUUUAUGUUGUGUGUUUCUAAGUGCUGUAUGUGUACAUGGCUGGCACAAGGUGAAGUACUCUCUUGAAUUUCAGAUUCAUUUAUAGAUUUCAUCUUGAGAAAGAGGGCCAUGUUGUAUGGACAUGGUUUGAAAAUGAUAAAGGUAUAUGCAUUAGAGUUCUCCUUAGAGCUAGCACAAUAAGAUGCCAUGGCAACUGCUAAGCAGCAUUGGGAGGUGUUCUGAUUAACAUUGGAGCAUGCAGUCACUGUCCAAUCUGUUUACAAGCAUUAUCUUGACUUUCCAAGAUAAACAGGCCCCACUAACACAAAGAGAUCGAACCCUUUUAACUGCAAAAACAGUUUUGGGCUAAAUACCCGUAACAAAAAGACACUGUUUCUCAUCUUUUGUUUUCCUUUCUGAGAUGCCAUGGCAACUUUUGAAUAUCUCAUCUCCAAAUAUUGAUUGUAUCUAAUUUUUAACUGCACUAGCUUAGUUGUGAUGCUUGUAGACUGUAGCUUAAUGACAUUGUAGACUGUAGUUUAAAUGCAUAUUAACAGCUUUUUGUUGGCUCUAUUUUUGCCACUCUUGUGUUCUCAAGUGUUCGGGGGUGCUAUUCAAACAAAUGUGCUGUCUACAAACAUGGAGGAACAGUGUCUCCCCGUCAAAGUGCCUGGUUUCAUCCCCGUAUCAGAUACAAUCUGUCGGUUCUCUUGUUUGCCUGCGACAGAGUUUGAUUGAAUAGCACCUAAAGUCUCCCUUGUGUCAUUGCUAGAGCUGAAUCUGACCUCUCUCACGAUUCAGCUGUCAUCAUAUGAUCACACUGUAUCAUAUCGCAGGUUUAAUAUGCAGGAAUGUUUACAGUGAAAGCUCAUCUGUACGUCUGUGUGCCUGUUUUCUUUGGAAGCAUGACUCGAUGUUGUGUUGUUGUGUCUGUUUCCGAUCCAUUACUGAUGAUGUUUCCUCUUUAUUAUCCACCUCCUUUCUUUUUCUCUAUCGCUUUGCGCCCUGCAACGCCUCCUUGAACCCCCACCCUCACCCCUCCCCACUUCUUGCUCUAUUUGCACCUGCCUUCUUAGGUGUAAACAGGUGCACACCCCCCUCAUACCCGCCCCCCCAGGACCCCCUCUCUGCGGGGCAGUAUGAGGUAACGGAGGACAUGGCACAAGGAGAGGUUUUUGAAUUCAGUCAAUCCAAAAGAGGCCAGGCUCCUUUCUGGCAGAAUUUUAGUAGAUUAGCUCCAUUUAAGAAAUAG